CAUUGAAUUGUUAAUUAGUUCUCUGUAUAAUAACGUGUUGUAUUUCUUCCUCCAGGUCAGUAGGUGGCAGUAAUGGAGCUGACGGUGACGCUGGUUAGUGGAGAUGGGCGGGCGGUGCGGGUGAGCACCGGGGCGACGGUGGGGGAGCUGAGGCGAGCGGUGGCUCAGAGCUUCGACGAGCCGGUCGAGCGAGUUCGGCUCUCCAUUGCCAACGCCAAUGACCUCCGACCUACGACCCUGGACAACGACUCCGCCCCCCUGAGCAGCUUCGGCCUGAGCCACGGCUCCGCCCUCAUGCUGCUGCUCCGCUCGCCGGCGUUGACCCAGGUGAUCGUGAAGAACGAGAAGGGUCAGAAUAAGACGUACGACGUGGGCGAGGAGGAGACGGUGGCUCAGCUGCAGAGAAAGAUCUACAACAAGGAGAGAGUUCCUGAGGACCAGCAGCGUCUCAUCCACAACGGCCGACAGAUGGAGGCGGGGAUGAAGCUGAAGGACUACAACGUCACCAACGGAAGCAUCAUUUACCUGACCCUCCGUCUACGGGGAGGCUAGAGUAACACACCUCCACCUGAAGCAGCACAGAACCACGCCCUGUUUCAAACAACACCUUUUCAUUUAAAGUUUUAUUAAUUUAUUUAUUUUUACAUUAUAAAUUAAUACUGAAUUAAUACGGAUAUAUAAAUUAAAUUGGCGUGGCGAAUUUAAUAUAUACAUUGAAUGGGGUUGGGUUGAAU